GUGAAUAAAAUGGGAUACGAGGUUCCAUUAACUGUGGUUACCAUAUUUUGGGCACUAAUCGGUUGUGGUGUCCCUUUGGUUAUUCCAAAAGGUCCUAACAGAAGUAUUAUCCAAGUGUUCAUCGUGAUGACGUCUGUUUGCUGCUAUUUAUUCUGGCUUAUGGCUUUUCUUGGCCAACUGAAUCCUCUAUACGGACCCCAGUUGAGGAACUCUACAAUUCGAAUCGUACGCAAAGAAUGGCCGCCUGUGGCAUAA